AUGUACCCGGCACUAGUGGACACUACAGAGGCGCGUUCGUCUCGAGCACGUAUUCAGGAUACAGCGGAUCGGAUUGCUCAGCAAAUCGUUCCCAUUGUACUUGGUGUCGCUUCCAUCGCGUUCCUCGUGUGGACGUUAGUGCUCACAUAUGCGAGACACGAGUGCUCAGGCGAAGCGGUCGCAGAUGGGCUCUCCUAUGCUGUUGCGGUCUUAGCCUUGUCAUAUCCAUGCGCCCUCACCUUAUGUGUUCCUCUUGUCAUUCUCUAUGCACGGAUCGCGUCCCAAAAGCCGCCAUUUUCCCUGCUCUUCAGAUCAUCCGCUGCUCUACAGCAUGCGCGUAUAGUAACGCAUGUUAUUUUCGACAAGACGGGGACCUUGACGAUAGGGAAGAUGAGAGUAGCCGAAGCAGUUUUCUGCGAAGAUAAUGACAUAUGGAUUACAGGGGUUGCUGAAGGGCUGAUCAAGGCUCUGGUUACGGGAUCAGAACAUCCUGUUUCAGCUGCUGUGGCCAGAUACUUGCCUGCGCAAAGUGCUUUAGUGGAGGAGCUUGAUGAUGUAGAGACUAUUGUGGGGGGAAGGCAUUCAAGCCAAUUGAAAUGGUUCUAUCGUUCGUGGAGGAAGCGUUGGCUGAGCGUCUUCGCUAUCACGGUUGACCGUGUCCUCCUCACCGCCUUCGAACUGGAGGAUAAUAUUCGUCCUGAGAGCACCGAGGUUGUGUCAUCUCUGGUGGCGCGAGGGAUCUCAGUAUCCAUGCUCAAUGGCGACCAUCAGAAAGCCUUCUGGAGCGCUUUCAUUAGAGGUCUCCCUCCUUCUGAGAGGUCGCCAGCUCACAAACGCUCCGUGCUUACCGCCAUGCAGGCUGGUCUGACCAUCAUACAUCACUUCGGCGAUUACUGUGUGGCUAGAACCGAGAUGCAGGAGUUUGUUGACAUAUUUGAUUGGUUAGAGGAUGUAUUCGAUAUAUGUAGUCAGGGUAGCGCGGCCGAGUCAUACUAUGCUACGGGGCACGACCCAAGGAAGCAGUGA